AUGCUGGAUCCGGAGUCGGACAGGUACACCGCCUUUCCCUUCGUGCCUGAUAUCGAGGACUAUCCCCUGCCAGCAAAGUUCAAGAUACCGUCCAUGAAGUCCUACGACGCGACCACAGAUCCAAAAGACCACCUGUUCGCAUUCUUGACUCAGAUGCGCUUGCAGACGGCUGCUGAUGCGGUCAGGUGCAAGACCUUCCCAAUGUUUCUGGAAGGAAAGGCCCGACAGUGGUUCCAGGGAUUGCCUCCCAGGUCAGUUCGGUCAUUUAGCCAGCUCGCGCGGCUGUUCGCAGCUCAGUUCGUGUCCUCACGCGCCUUCUCCAAAACCACGGCUCAUUUGAUGCCUGUUCAUCAAGGGCCUGAGGAGUCACUGCGCGAGUAUAUGGUACGCUUCAACAAUGAAUCCCUUCAGGUUCGGGACCGAGAUGACAAGGUGGUGAUGGCCGCCUUCGUCAAUGGGUUGCGCAAACAGAAGCUGUAUACGGAGUUCGUAGAAAAACCUCCCAAGUCCGUCCGGGAGAUGUUAGACCGAGCUCAUGAGAAGGCGAACGCCGAAGAGGCCAAUCGAUUAAAAGGCGCCCAGGAGAGGUUGCGAGACGACAAGCGCAGGAAGGGCGCCAACCUGGGAGAGUCGCGACCAGGUCAGGGGCGGAAGAGCGUAUUCUAG